AUACAAGUAUAAAGAUUGUGUCUUUUUUGAUAUGUCAUUUUCUGAUUUUUCCUUUUUAGUUAAGUUCUCUCAGAUAUUUUCCAGUUUCAGUUUACUCAGAACCAAAUUGACCUGAAAUACAAGUAUAAACAUUGUUUGAUUAAAAAAAGAAAAACAAGUAUAAAGAUCGUGUCUUUAAAUAUGCCCUUUUUCUGAUUUUUUUUUUCCGUUUAGCUAAGCUCUCCAAGAUAUUUACCUGAAUAGAGUGGAAUGGAUACAGAGGAUUCAUAUAGCUGAUUCCAGCUAAUAUGGGAUUGAAGCACAGUUGACUAAUUUGUUAAUAGAUUCUGUUUAGUUGUUGCCUUUUGAUGACUUUGUUGCAUAUUAAUUCUGAAUUAUUGAUUCAUUCUUCUGUUUGUUGGGCAUUGUUAUAAUUGGGGAAUUCGAGUUAAAAUUCACUUACGCUGCAUGACUUGGAUCUUGCCAUCAUGAAUCAUAUAAUUGCUAACGAGAUAUGCAGUAGGUGAAAAGAAUUUUGAAUCGUGCACAAAAUCAAGUUUAACUUUUGCUAGUUAUCACCGACUAAUUAAUCAUGAAGGCCUAAGAUAUAAUAUGUUCUACCCUUAGUACAACUGAUUGACAAGUUGGCAUAAGAUGUGGAGUAUUCAAAUCUUUUAUAUUUGUUUAAUUUGGGGCUGGGUUUUUGCUUGGAGGUGUUAGCUUUUGUGGAACAUAUCAGUGCUUUUGAUACUUUGCUCGUAGGGAUUAAAGAAUAGCUACUUAAAGAAGGAAGCAUACACCCUAUUAACAUCUUUUUAGUUAUCAUUUUGAGGACUUUGAAGAAAGCGAACCGCUGUUGUUUUCUGUUGUUACUCACAGCUGGAAGUACAACUUUUUGCUCGUUGUUAGGCUGAAGCAGCAAGAGCGGUUUCUAAUGUAAAUGAAACUCCAGGUUUUGCUUGUAAAUGAAACUCCAGGUUUUUAGUUAUCAUUUUGAGGACUUUGAAGAAAGCGAACCACUGUUGUUUUCUGUUGUUAUUCACAGCUGGAAGUACACCUUUUUGCUUGUUGUUAGGCUGAAGCAGCAAGAGCGGUUUCUAAUGUGUAUAGCUCCAAAGUUCAAGAACUUUUGGCGUUUUGCAUUCACAUAGUCAAAAAUAGCAAAGAAUGGUCACGAGCUAUGGCGAGCUCUGAAGUCAGGGGAAUACCAUGUCGCAUUGUUUAGAGGGGAUCAAGCAUUUAGGUGCUUCCCUGCUGCAGUGUUGUGAUAGGCAAUCCACGGGCCUUGAAGAUCCCGAGAUUCUUGCACGAGAGACAGUUUUUAGCGUCAGUGAGAUCGAAGCUCUUUAUGAGCUUUUUGUGAAGAUUAGCAGCGCAGUGAUUGAUGAUGGUCUGAUCAACAAGGAAGAGUUUCAAUUGGCGCUAUUCAAGACAAGCAAAAAAGAGAGCUUGUUUGCUGACAGGGUGUUUGACUUGUUUGACACAAAGCACAAUGGACUCUUGGGUUUUGAGGAGUUUGCCCGUGCACUCUCUGUUUUCCAUCCGAAUGCUCCUAUCGAUGAUAAGAUUGGGUUUUCUUUUCAGCUAUAUGAUCUCAAACAACAAGGCUUCAUCGAGAGGCAAGAGGUGAAGCAAAUGGUGGUUGCUACCCUUGCUGAGACUGGUAUGAACCUUUCAGAUGAAAUUAUUGAGAGCAUAAUCGACAAGACUUUUGAAGAAGCUGAUACUAAACAUGACGGAAAGAUUGAUAAGGAAGAGUGGAGAAAUUUGGUCCUGCGACAUCCUUCACUUCUGAAGAAUAUGACCCUUCAGUAUCUUAAGGACAUUACAACUACAUUCCCGAGUUUCGUCUUUCACUCAAGAGUCCCGGAUACCUGAUAUGGAAUUGGCAAACGGACUUGCUUACGGAAGUAGUUUUGUUUCUUUAGAGCUGCAGUUCGCGGUGAAACUAUAUAUCUAUUUUGCUCAUAUAUUUUUGAGUUCCAACAUUUUCAUGAUUUGUUAUUCUUUUUGAGAGUAGUCCUUGUGUACUUUUGUUGCCACUUAAUAAAUGUUGUGUAAGUAUCCUCGUAAUUUGUUCGUCAUUGCUCAUUAUUAAUUUGCUUGAUUAAUGUGUA